GAAAAGUGGAACAUGGAGAAAAUGCAUAUCGAGUACCUCCCCUUAACUACUACCACCUCUUCAACAUGACCUAUACAGUUUUGUCCCCAAAAAACAAGAAUUAUUCACACGUUUGAACUCAUAUUUCCUCCCUUUACAUAGUCAUCUUUUGCUUACUUUCUCAAUUUGUCAAAUCAAGAAUAACAUUCAGAAAAAUAUGAGAACUUAUUCACAUCUCUUGAUCUUCCUAUGUUUCGCCUUUUAUCUAUCUUUUUCAAAUGGAACUCAACUAAUUAUAGUGAACAAUUGCAAAGAAAGCAUAUGGCCUGGAAUUCUUGCAACAGCAGGGCACGAGACGCCGAUCAACGGCGGAUUCCAUCUCAAUAUUGGCCAACAAGUAACGCUUGAUGUUCCUGAGCUAUGGUCAGGAAGAAUAUGGGGUAGACAAGGUUGUUGUUUCGACGAAAAUGGUAAAGGAUCGUGUCAAACAGGGGAUUGUUCCGGCCUUCUGAAUUGUUCAGGGGCCGGAGGAAUUCCCCCUGCAACGCUCGUUGAAAUGACAUUAGGAACCCCAACUAAUUCAAGACAUUAUUAUGAUGUUAGUUUAGUUGAUGGAUUUAAUAUUCCUGUUUCUAUGAUUCCGAUUGGUGGUAGUGCUGGUUGUGGUGUUGCUGCUUGUGAAACUGAUCUGAAUCAAUGUUGUCCUGAAUAUUUAGCGGUAAAGAGCAAAGGUAAAGCUGUUGGAUGUAAAAGUGCUUGUCUUGCUACGAACUCUCCAAAAUACUGCUGCACUGGAAAAUAUGCUAAUAGAAAUACAUGCAAACCAACCGCGUUUUCGCGGCUUUUUAAAACUAUAUGCCCUAGGGCAUAUAGCUAUGCUUUUGAUGAAUCUACUGGACUUAAGAAUUGUAAAGCGCCGCGGUAUCUCAUUACCUUUUGUCCUCCCAAUUAAUGGAUCGAGCAUCUCUAUAGUCGCGGUAUAGUGUACUUAAGAAAAUAGACCUUGGGCCUAACGUGUACGUUCAAGUGUUUGUUCAGUGUUAAUUCACUGUAUGUAAUUUCUUAUCUUUUUCUUAUUAGUCUGUGUAUUCUGUGUUUUAUCAGCAAAUAAUUCUAUAUGAAUUAGUAUUUACACGGCUUUAGUA